AUGAACCUUGGCAGACAAAUUGGGAAGAGAAAAAACAACUUGAAGGGUAUCAACUCCUUCCGCUACAAUGGUCUGAUCCGCAAGAAGACUCUUGGUGUGGAGCCAGCAAAGGACGGAAAGGGCGCUGUCUUGGUCACCAGAAAUUCAACUGGAGGCCGCAAACCCAACAAAUCCUUCACUCGUGUUGAACUGAAGCGUGAUCCCCGCCGGACGUUCGCUACUAUCAGGAAGACCAUCAGGAGAAACAAGUACAGGAAAGACUUGAAGAUGGCUGCAGUAAGCGGCGAAGCUGGCUUCAUCCGGAGCCAGAAGCCAAUUGUUGUCAAGAAGGCCGGAUCGGCAAGAGGGAUUAAAACAAACAAGAAAAAAAAUUGUAAAUACAGAUAA